AUGGGAAACACAAUCUCGUACAACGAAAAGGCCUUCGAUCUGCAUCUGGGCGACAAGGGAGUCAUCCGUGGUCUCCAACUUGAUGAGAAGUCGCGUCGAUAUGCCAGUAUACCCUAUGCUCUUCCUCCAACUGGGGAGCAUCGUUGGCGCAAGCCGAGACCGCUCCCACCAAGUUACACCUACGGAAGUGUCACAGACGGCCCGUUGGAUGCCACCAAGUUCAGAGCUGUAUGCCCCCAGAAGGCAUUCCAUGUCGGCAAGGCCGAGGGAGGUGAUGGGGCGUACAGUGAAGACUGCCUUUUUGUCAACAUAUGGACUCCUGUGGGAGACGAACGGGAGAGUAAGUGGCCCGUCAUGCUUUGGUUGCACGGUGGAUGGUUCCAGAUGGGUGACCCUUCACAGGAGCCCGGCAUGGACCCUACUGAGCUCAUUUCCACUGGUGGUCUCAACGCAAUUGUUGUGGCCAUAGGCUAUCGCCUUAACAUAUUUGGCUUCCUCGCUGGUCAGGAUCUGGUCGAGGAGAGUGGCGGCGUCUCGGGUGGCAACUUUGGACUCUGGGACCAGCGGAUGGCGGCGGAAUGGGUCAAGGAGAACAUCUCCAAGUUUGGAGGCGACCCGGAAAACAUCACACUCGCGGGUCGCAGCGCUGGAGCCUACAGCGUCGAGGCUCAGAUGCUACACGAAUUCCGCCGGCCAAGUCAAGGGGCUCCCCUAUUCCGGCGAAUCUUUAUGGAUUCUAACGCGAUACCUGCGCAGCCGAAGUCUCUGAAGGAUACCCAAGCUCAGUUCGAUGAGUUGUGCAGGCACUUUGAGAUCCAAGAAUCUUGGCCUGCCGAUCAGAAGCUUGCAUCCCUGAGAAAACUCAGCGUCCAGGAACUGAUCGAAGCCAUCCCCAAGCUGACACAUCAUACCUUCCGACCAGUCACUGAUGAUCUCUUUAUUCACUCUGGAAUGAUGGAGUAUGUACAGAGCAAGGAAUUUGCCGAUGAGUUCAAAACCAGGGGAUACAAGAUACUCAUCGGCGAAGUUGCCAACGAGGAGACUCUCUACUCGACAUAUAAUAGUCCAGAAGAACCAACUCUAGAGUCUCUCAGGAUCCAGGUGAUGAACUACUAUGCGCCGGAAGUCACAGACAGAGCGAUUGACUGCUACCCGCUGCCUACAUCCGACGACUUGGCUGCUUGGAAGAAUCUGUUUGGUAACAUCGUGUCUGAUGGUCAGGUCAGAGCACCAUCAAGAGCACUAGUGAAGCACUUGGAAGAGAAUGGUGUGAGCAUCCGCGAUAUAUGGCGCUACCAGAUUGCCUACCGGCUGUCAUUUAUCGAUGAGUCGGUGGCACCGUUGUCAUUUGGAGUUGCACACGCGAUGGAUAAGCCAUUUUGGAAGUAA